AUGGCAGCAAGAGAGAGGAAGAAUGCGGCUGUGUAUCGCAGCGUUUCUUUCAAAAAGUUGGGGUCCUGGAGCGCCAACAAGAGUGAAGACCAACAACACAAAUCAGAGGAUUCGGAGGCAGCUGGCGUCGCCCUUCCCCCGGAGCCCAGCAAAGCAGAACAGCUCUUGGCGACGCGUAAUGUCUGUGUGUCAAGAAAAGUUUCCAAAAUCUCGGCCACCACCACCGCCUGCCUCCCGACCGCAGAUCCAAAGAGAAACUCCUCUACUCCUAUCUCCUCCAUUUCUCCAUCCAUCCGACAGCUCACUGAGAAGUUUAGCAGCAGCGGCUCCGCCGGGACGCACAGAGCCUCACCGGGAGACGGCGCAGCAGUGACGCCGGGGAGCAGCACUCUUCCCCGGGCCAGGGGCUCCACGAGAGACUGGUCGCCGUCUCGUAAAUCUUUUCACGAGGACAGCGGCGGUGGAUAUUUCCAACAUAGUGAUACUACUACUACUGCUGCUGCUGCUGCUGCUGCUGCAGAGUCACUGACAGACAACAAAGUGCAAAAGUUUCACUCCGAAACUGACUCCGUUUCAGGCUCGGACUCGGAGCAGAAAAGUGAGAGGCGGAAUUUUAAACGUUUAUCAACCGACAGCAACUCUGGUAAGAGAGAUUAUUCACAUGUCAAUGCAUGUCCCUCUGAUAAUAGAAACACUUUGACUACAGAUGAGGAAGAGGAUGUUAGUCUUAGAGGGGUUCCCCCACCCUGUAAAUCCCACAGAAGUUAUGCCUUUACACACCACAGUGACUUUACUCCCCUGCACUCUGACAAGUGGCCCAGUGUCACCAAAAUUAGACUAAUUUUCGACGAGAGUCAAGGCACAAAGCACAAGACUGACUCUUCUGAGAAUUUAAAAGCAGUCAGCAGAGGACAUUUACAUGAGCUCAGCCCCAGUGACGGUGCUCUUCUCUCGGAUAGAAGUGACAAACUCUCGCCUUGCAGCUCUGCUAACGAAGCUAGUAUCCCGUCUUUGCAUGGCAAAUGCAUAGUUGAGGCUCAAAGCAGAGAAUGCAGCACUGUUAAAGAUAAUUUUUAUCACGGUAUGGACUUUUAUUCCAAAACUGACCACCAGCAGUUCUCAAAUGACGAGGAGGCAGACUUGGAGACACAAAGUUCUAAUAACCUGAAACCUUCUGACGUAAAUACUUUUGAAAGCGGCAGCAGUAGCAGCCGUCGUUGCACUGGGGGUAGUCACUACCAGAGGAUUAACCCAUCUCCAUACAGAUCUCAUAGUCCCAGCACUGAGUCAGAGGUGGCCCACAAGACCCUCAGGACGACAGGCCUGACAUCUGACCCCGGCCCUGACCUUCAACCCCCUGCUACUUUGUCUUGGAGUCCAUCGGAGAACUUGAACACCUCCUCCUGCUCCUCCUCUCUUCAGUGGCCGACAGUGAGGGAGAGAAGGGAUAGACAGGGGGUCGGGCUGCCCAGGGAUAGUUUACAUUCCUCACAUAGCUCCUCUAGAGCACCAGCCCCCACCCCCUCCUCUGCUCCAGGUCCAGAUAAAGCCAUUACCUCCUCCUCUACUGUACCUCCCUCCACGGAGGUAAGAGCCUCAGCAAGAGUUGUCUCUCCUCUCAGGUCCCGCUGGAGGUUUAGCUCUGGUGACGAAGAGGAGGAGCACACCAGGAGAAGAAGAGGAGGUGGAGGAGACGGUUGGAGUGUUACUUCUGGCGCAGCUCCUUCCAUCUCCUACAGAGCAGGAGAAAGGGGCACCACUGAGCGAGGAGGUAGCUAUUUAUCCCGCAGUAAAAAUGGCUGGUGGGGUGCUAAGGGCAUUGGUAGGUCCUCAGGCAGUGAGGAGGACAGCCCUGGUUCUAUAGGCCCCCACAGUCGAGAGGCAGUGCGCCGCCGCUCGCUGAGAAAGAAGAAGAAAGUCAGUGGAGCUGCUUUUGCAACAGGCCGUGAUGAUAUUGAUGAUCGUGAUGGCGAAUCAGAAGACAGCGACAGUGACAAGGCCUUGACCAUGGAGCGUUUAGAGAGGCAACACCAGCAAACCACAGGAGGAGAAUUUGCGGGAACAGUAUCUCGGAGCCACUCUGCAAGGGAACCCAGCAGUCACAGUAACAGAGCCAGGGUGCAGCAAUGGGAGCGCAUCUCCUCACCUGUGAUAUCCACGUCACUUCCCGGUGUAUCACGAGUGUCAAAGGUCAAUAUUCCCCCUUUUGUUUCCAGUCCUGGGGGUUCUCUUUGCAGCAGUCGAUACUCCAGCACUGAGACACUGAAGGAGGAGGACCAGGCUGGCUGUACCAAACGUGCACCAAAUGUGUUUUUUAACACGGGUGGAAAAGGGGGCAACGCUAGCAGAACUGCAUCCUUGUCCAUGCUGAGUAAAACAUACCAUGGGAAUUUUACCAUGUACCGCUCCCCAAGCUUUGGCCAUGGGGAUAACUUAUCUCGUACGCCUGUGCGGAUGCGCUCCAAGAUUGUGCCUACAGUCACCCCCUUAUCUAGUGUACUUGCCAGAGAAGGUGGGGCAUCGGCAGGAGUUAGGGGUGGUGAGACUAUGGCAUUAAGCAGGACAAAAAGUGGGGAUGGGGUGGAUGAUAAAAACCCAAUGUCCAUAUCAAACCCUGAUAUCACCUCAGAAACUAUGUCCCUCUUAAGCUUUCUGAAAUCUGACCUGUCGGAGCUCAAGGUGCGGAAAACAAGUGGAGACAAAUCCGGGGUCUUGGAUGGGUCCCCAGUGUACAGGAUUGGCUCACGGAAUCAAGGCGGUAAUCUGCUACCUUCUGGUCAUCGGCCGUCACUGAAAGACCUAACUGCCACCCUGCGGCGUGCAAAAUCCUUCACUUAUUCAGACAAACACACUACAGCAGUGAGGUGUUACUUGACAGGUGGCGCCACGAAGAGGAGCUCUUCUGAGCAGCAGCUUGAUUUGGAUGGAGAGGGUGAUGGAGGGAGGGUGUCAGAGAGGGAAGUAGAAAGUGAUGGCGGUGAUUUUAGGGCUGGGAGACGACAAAGAAUGAGGGAUUAUGGAUUUGAUGAUGAUGGUGAGGAAGGGAUGCCAACUCCUUUGCAGGAGAGGUAUGUGCAGGAAGCCAGGCAGGUCAUUCGAGAUAUCUGCCAAAUGAGUACUAGAGAAGAUGAUGAUGUAGAUGUAAGGAGAACUGAUGAUGAUUUGGAAGAUGAUUGUUUCCAGGUCAAGAAAACUAAUGAGGAAAAGGAGAAAGCAGGAGUGAGUGUCGAGGAUCAGGCAAAAACGGAUGAAGAGGCUGAGUUUAAGAACACAAAAGACAGGGAUAAACAUGAGGGGGAGAGAGAGAACAGGGAGAGGGAGAGGAGCGAGAGGGAUGGACAAAGUAUACAGUUGGAGAAGCUAAACAGCAGGGGCACAGAGUACAGGGAGAAGGCAAAGAGAGAGAGCAGAGAGACGGAGAGAGCCUUACUGAAGGGCGACUCGGAGGAAAGCAUGUUCUACGACCGCUCUGUGGAUGAACUUUCGGGCCAUGAGUCUAGUUUAACAGAUGAAGGGAUUGUAACAGAGCCAGAGACGGGCCCAAGUGACCCUUCUGAAAGGUCAUUCCUGGGCUCAGCAGGGGUUAAUUUGGGGUCACGAAUUGCUAAGGAUGUGCUAGGGCAGCCUGUCACCGUAUGGAAGCAAUCGGCUCUCCAUCAGCCUGAGGGGUUUAAGCAGGAAAGACAAGAGAUGACAGAAAACAGCGUGAAUUGUUCAAAUCGUCUGAACGAAGUCAACGUACCUCCCUCCUUACCUCAUCCUGCCCGCAUUGCUGAGAGUGACGGUAUCAUCAUGGAGCUGACCAGCACUGCUGGUAUCAAUAAUGUUAACACUGCCAGUGAGGAGAUCAACACCAACAGCGCUGUGUCGCAGAGGUCUGCUGGCACCACAGGAGGAGGCCUUGAAGCCCCUGCAACACCCAGUUCUAUCCGACGAAGGCGCAAGUUCUCCCCUUCUGGUAUUAACAACACAGGCUCUGAUUCCAGUAACGGCAGUAACGCAGAGUCAACAAUAGCAGCUGUUGGAAAUGGGGAGUCCACAGUCUACCGCUCUCUCAGUGACCCCAUGCCUCAGCGACACUGUUCUGUGACAGAAGAAGGUAAUAACAAUUUUUCCUCUGUGGACAGCAACCUGUUAGGAUCCCUAUCUGUCAAAGGUGGAGGUGGUGCUCCAGAUGCCUCCGCUGUGGCCACUUUGUCAGAAUACAAGGGCAGUGUGGCCAGUGACUUGUCAGUUUACAGUGAUGGCGGGCUCCGAGAUGAUGCUGUUCACGACUACAGUGGGGUGAUCAGGAGCAUUGUAGCUGAGCCAGGUGCAAUGGACAGACUGAUGACCGAUGACCAUGGCAAAGCUCCCAAGAAGAAGUCGUUCAGUGACCCCAGUCGCCGUAGCGAUGUCCCUUUACUUUCCCAGAAUUACCCUCAUCUCAAAUGUCAGACUGGCAGCACUGAGCCAAUCAGUGAGCUGGAUCAACCCGGUCCGAUUCCACCUUCCAGCAGUGAGCCAAUCCUGAGUGAGAAGCGAGAGGAACUGUGGGAGCCAGAAGUGAAGCCUAAACACGCAUUGCUGAUGCAGCCAAAUACAAAAAAAGUCAAAGCUCGUUCCCAGUCUGAAUGCACCCAUCACUCUGACAACCAUGAUGAUGACGAUGAUGAUGCAAUAGACCAAGGUGAAGAAGAGACAGAGGUGCAGAAGUUUAACUUUAACCUCAAGCUGGCUGAGGUUCUGUCCCCUAGACUGGUUCGUCGGCCCACCAGAAAGCGUCCAAAUAGGCUAGCUCAAUUUUUCCCUCAUGAGGACCCAUUUGAGCAACUGGGUUCAGAGGAGCUGGAGGACCACGGCGACCAAACCGACUUCACCCCUCUCCUUCCCCCGCCGCAACCCAAACCCAAAGCAAGAUCCAAGCAUGUCCGCCAUGCCAGCGAACCUACCAUCUUCCUCCCCAUCUCCCCACCUCCACAACUCCAGCCAUUGAAGGAAGUGGACUUCCUCUCAGUCCCACCCACUGCAGAGCCUCAGACCUCAAGUAAACCUCCAGGAGACCAAGCCCCAUCUUUGGAGGCUGUGACCCAGAAAUAUAUUCUGGAACUGAGCAAUGCUGAGGGCCCAGGACCUCCUCCAGCAGCCAGGGAUGGAGCAGAAGGUUCAGUGUUGGCUUCGGAGGGGCCCAGCGAGACCAGCACCAGCGGAAUUACAGAAGCUGGACCACAGAAGAAGAGCACAGAGGACACUGCAUCCACAGCUACCCCACAGAGGACCAAGCCCAGAGUGGACAUGAGGAAACAUGUGAUGAUGACCCUCUUGGACACAGAGCAGUCGUAUGUGGAGUCACUACGCAGUCUCAUUCAGGGCUACUUGCGUCCUCUCAAGCAGCCGGACAGCGGCUCCAUAGUGGACCCUCUGCUGGUGGACGAGAUGUUCUACCAGAUCCCAGAGAUCCUGGAGCACCACGAGCACUUCCUGGAGCAAGUUGCCGGCUGCGUCGGCCAAUGGCAUGAUAGGCAGACCGUGGGACACUUCCUCAUCCAAUCAUUCUCCAAAGAGACGCUCGCUAAUAUGUAUUCAGCGUACAUCGACAACUUCCUCAAUGCCAAAGAUGCUGUGAGGAUUGCCAAGGAGGCCAAGCCAGCGUUUCACAAGUUCCUGGAGCAAAACAUGCGUGAGAACAAGGAGAAGCAGGCUCUGGGGGAUCUGAUGAUCAAACCAGUCCAGAGGAUUCCUCGAUAUGAGCUGCUGGUGAAGGACCUGCUCAAGCACACCCCAGAGGAUCACCCGGACCACCCGUACUUACUGGACGCCCAGAGAGACAUCAAGCGAUUGGCUGAGAGGAUCAAUAAGGGGCGUCGCUCCGCUGAGGAGGCGGAGAGGGAGGCCAGGGUCAUCCAGGAGAUUGAGGCGCACAUAGAGGGAGUUGAACAUAUUCUGAACCCCCAGAGGAAGUUCUUGAGACAGGAAAUGGUCAUGGAGGCGAAGACAGUCGGUGGGAAGAAGGACCGUUCUCUCUUCCUCUUCAGUGAUCUGAUCAUCUGCACCACUCUCAAGAGGAAGUCUGGCUCAUUAAGACGCAGCUCCAUGAGCCUAUACUCUGCUGCGAGUAUGAUUGAUACCUCCAGUAAAUACAAGUUCCUGUGGAAGCUUCCCCUGGAGGACGUGGAGGUGGUGAAAAGCUCCACUCAGGCAACAAACAAGGAGAGCAUCCAGAAGAUGAUUAGUCGAUUAGACGAGGAUGUCAGCACUCUGGGUCACAUCAGCAAGCUGUCUGAGACCCUCAGCUUCCCACAUCAGUCCCUGGACGAGGUGAUAAAGGACCUGAUGUCAUCGGUGCACAGGGAGCUGUCGGAGAAGCAGUCUCUGGCCUUCAGCAUGACCUUCUUGCCCACAAAGCUGGAGUUCACCACGGCCUCCGCCGAGAGCAGCUUCGUCUUCGAGUUCACUUCGCCUGACACGCGCUCCAACUUUGAACAGGCCUUUGAAGACGCCAAGAAGAAGUUAGCAAUGAAUAAGGACCAGUGGGACCCAGAGUUUCUGAAGGCUAUUCCUAUCAUGAAGACGCGCAGUGGAAUGCAGUUUUCGUGUGCCUCUCCCAGCCACAGCUGUCCCGACAGUGGUUGUGAGGUGUGGGUGUGUAACAGUGAUGGAUAUGUGGGACAGGUGUGUCUGUUGAACAUCAAAGAUGAGCCCACAGUCGAGGCCUGUAUCGCCGUCUGCUCAGCGAGGAUCAUAUGUAUCGCUGCCGUACCCGGACUCAAGGGAAGGGAGCGCGGAUCAGAGCCCACUCUGGCCACAGCCUCCGCAGCAGCGGGUCACACCCAGCAGCAGCUCCACAUAUCUAUCUGUCAAUCAUCUCUGGAGCUGACAGAGCAACCCACAGGACCAGGGGCGGAGCUUGUUCCUUUUGACAGCGAUGACACGGAUGACGAGGAUUCACCCAGUCCCUCCUCUACUCUACAGAGUCAGGCCAGUCACUCCACCAUAUCCUCCAGCUACGGCAAUGACGAGGGCCCCAGCUCCAAGGACAUGGCCACAGAGACCACCAGCAGUGAGGAGGAGCAGGAGUUCCCGGUGGCGAGCUCCUACGGAGCCCCCGGGAUGUUGGGGGUGGGCGGAGGAGGAGGAGGCCGCGGCAACACGGAGAGCGCCAUGGACGGCCGCGCCAUGCGCCGCUCCUCUCGGGGCUCCUUCACCCGGGCCAGCCUGGAGGACCUGCUCAGCAUCGACCCGGAGGCCUACCAGAGCUCAGUGUGGCUGGGCACAGAGGAUGGAUGCAUCCAUGUGUACCAGUCCUCGGACAACAUCCGUAACCGUAAGAACAGCAUGAAGAUGCAACACUCAGCCUCCAUCCUCUGUAUACUGUAUUUGGACAACAAAGUGUUUGUGGCAUUGGCCAGUGGAGAAGUGAUCGUCUAUCAGAGGGAAGCAGGUAGUUUCUGGGACCCUCAGUCUUCUCAGACCUUAGUUCUGGGCACGCCCAGUAGCCCCGUCACCAAAAUGGUUCCCGUGGGAGGAAAGCUUUGGUGUGGCUCACAGAACAGAGUGCUUAUUAUCAACACAACUACACUGGUGCAAGAGCACUGGUUCCAGGUGGGCACAGACAGCAGUCGGUGUGUGACCUGCAUGGUGGCGUACGGUCAGGGUGUGUGGUUGGCAUUGCAGGGAAGUGCACAUGUGAAACUCUACCACGCUCAGACCUUGGAGAGUCUGACGGAGGUGGACGUGGCGCCUGCUGUGCAUAAGAUGCUUGCAGGUGCAGACGCGAUCAUCAGACAGCACAAAGCCGCCUGUCUGAGAAUCACAGCGUUGCUGGCCUGUAAGGAUCUGCUGUGGAUCGGCACCAGUGCAGGGGUGGUCCUUACGCUGGUGAUCCCGGCAGUGAGCUCGGGAACCGGUGCCGGGACACUGAAAGUCCCCCAGGUGCCGAUGGGCUCGGCUCACGGACACACGGGACACGUUCGGUUCCUCACAUCCAUUGAACUACCGGAAGGGUUCGACAUGAGCUUCCCUCCGACAACAACUGACUCCACAGGCAACCAAUCUCAGAGCAGCACAGUUGACGGGAACCUCCAGAGGCGUGACUCGGCGCGGCGCCGAGCCUCGGCCCACAUCCCGUCAAAAACCAACCAUCUGGUCAUUUCCGGCGGCGACGGCUACGAGGACUUCCGACUCACCAAUAGCAGUGAAACGGUCGGACGGGACGACAGCACCAACCAUCUUUUGCUUUGGAAGGUCUGAGGCCAUCGACCCCCGGUGUGAACAAACCCGCCCCAACCUCCUCUGCACAAGCUCCCGCCCUCUCCACAUCGGACUCGUCACUUUUUUGGUGUUGCUGUGGUCUUCUGCUCAGUUCCACCAAGUCUCUAUGUGCGUAAUUUGGCUGCCAACUCCCUCCUGGACCUUUUUAAUGAGUAUGAUCAUGUCAAAGCCAGUUUUUACCGUGUUGAUGUUUCUGAUGGUGUGCGUCGUUGCUCUCUUGAGUGGUGUCUGUGCGUGUGCAUUUCCUUUUUUUUUUUUGGCAUCUGCAAAUAUUGUCUAGAAAAGCGUCUUUAAACUCGAGUCUUCGCUGAAGGAGACAGAAGAAGAGACGGAGAAGGAGGAAAGAAACUUUCACACGUGGAUGUAUGUUUAGACUGUGAAGAGGACAGGAGGUAGAAACAGGACGUCUGAGUACAUCAACCCUUCACCCCAUCAUCACUUCAUCUUAGCCUGAACUGCAGAUAAAAUGCCUCCUGAUGAUCAGAGGUAAAUGUCAUGUAAAAGUGAAAUACACCAUCACAGACUAGUUCGAUGGAUAUUCUGAAUUCAUUUCUGCAGUCGGAGCUCAAGAUUGGAAGAGAGGUUCAGCUGAUGUCUGUGAGCUUUUAAAAAGACAAAAACAACGUCUCCACGAUCAUUGCUUAUAGAUGCCAGACUACUAACGUCCUCUUUUCUCCUGUUGAGGGAGAGUGAAUAUCAUUAAAGUGCAAUAUGUGGCAAGGGUAUCUAGCAAGACACACACACACACACACACACAGACAGACAUUAAUGCACACAUCCUCUCACUGAAUAGGAAGCAUAAAUGUGUUUUUUCCACAGAUAAUCACUUUGUAUCUGAUUUUCUUAUUUCAUUUUUGUUUUGUCAGUAUAAGAUGACAUGAACGUAGAUGAUGCCCGCUGCUGGAGUUGAGCAGGAAAAGUGCAUUUGGAGACGUUCCUCCUGAACACGACUAUGCCAAAGCCUUGUAUGCGUUACAGUUUUGACAUGAAAUGUUUUUGUUUGUUCAGCAGAAAUCCGGAGCUGAAGUUACUGACUUCUAUGACGCUAUAGGCUGUGGUAGCAGAUUAACGAUAGUGAUGUACAGUAUUUAUGGUUUUGAUUUUUAGCGCCGCCUUUUUCCAGCACUUAAUUUAUAGAAGAUCUAGUUUUCACUUUUUGUUUAGGAGUUGAAGAACAAGCAGGCCCGGACUCGAGUAGCGGAAUAGAUAACUAGGCGUAGUUUGGUUCAGGCAGACAUGCACACAGCGGGGGGUUGCAUACACUCAUCUAUUGGUUGUUUGUGCCCAAAAGACUCAGACUGCGGACUCAUCCCAAAAUUCCCCUCACGCUGUCUCUGAACACAGCGCAAUCCUUAUCUUGAAACAGACAGUCGUGUGUUCGGGUGCUGAACGCAAAGAGAUGCUCAACCAUUUCUAUUAUUUGACAGCUUCACGGUGCGUAUUGUGUCACAGGACGUGUGGCGCUAAGAUGUGUCGUUACACCCCCGAUGCACGCGCUUGAUUUCAGUAUUGAUCGUUGGAGAACGAGUUGCAUGUGGUGUGUUUGUGAGGAAAGAGAUACAAAGUAGGUCAGAAGGACAAAUGCUGAGCACCUGCACGUGCCUUCAGAAGGCUAAAAGUUAAGCCCUUAAACACACACACACACACACACACACACACACACAGUGAAAAGCUCUCGGCUCUCACUCGCACUGCAGCAGAAGUCAGAGGGAAGUGAAAGGUGCCUCUGACUCGUCCUUGCACACACUCGCAUGUUGGCGUCAGGCUACAUCAGGCUUUGUGGGGUUAAGCAGAGAUCGUCUUUGGUUCCUCCAAACCUAGAAAGCCUUGUUGCACUUUGCCGGCCAUCUGGGCGCUCACCUCAGAACGCAAGUGAGCUCUUUACCUUUGUGAGUGUAAAGGCCUCUGUGUGUGUGUGUGUGUGUGUGUGUGUGUGUCUGUGCGUGUGUCUGCAACCUCCGUAAGUGCUCUGUUACUCAGUUAAGAAGUAUGAGAAGGACAUUGGGACUUUCUGCCCAGAAUGUAGGCUAAAUUACAGUUAGCUUGUGGUAGCAUGUAUAGAAUACAGCAGAGGAAAGUUUGACAAUUUGAGCAAAUGUUACAGGACGAGUUCAACACUUUGGGAAAUACGCUUAUUCGGUUUCUUGUCGAGGAGUUUGACACCCCUCUCUAAGACGAGCGUGAUAUUAUCUUCUCAGCUAACGCGAAGAAAAAAAGGGAACAAGGUUAUUUCCCAAAAUGUUUAAUUAUUCCUUUUACGUCCUCUAAGGUUUAAGGUAGCAGAAAGUGUUUUUUUAUGUUAUGUAUGAUUCACAUCAAAUUAUUAAUAUUUGCCAUGAGCUGCCCGGUCAUCCAAUGAACAUGCUGUAUAUCUAUGCUGGAUGUAGAGGGUUGGAGAGCUCCUUCGGGUGGAGUCUUAUGUUGUCUGUGAGAAAUGAUGUGGAGGAACAUCGGUGUGCCAUCUCUGCUGAGUCGGGCAACGGAGAAACUAAAUCACUUAGUGUCCUGGGGCUGAAACCGAAACCUUGGAGUCAAUAAUUCUCAAUUCAGCCGAUUCAGAAAGUUGGUAGGUUUUCUUUUUAAAUCAGAAAAAAAAUUGGCUGAAGAAUAUACUUUUACAUUCACAUGGUAGUCACAUAAAUACUAAUGACUGAACACUAUUUUCAGCAGUUGCAUUUUAUGUUUUAAACGCAGUGUAAUGAGUUUGACUCUUUAUUUUACAGACAUACAAGCAUGCACACGAACACACCGCGUCUUAGAUAUGAAGUAAACCUAGAUGCUAUAACUUGACCCGGACAGAGAGAAUGAAAGAGAAGAAUCGCAUCAAACACAUCCUAUCAUCACUAACUCUCACUGAACAUGUUGGUUAUCCUCCUCGUGCCCGUAUGUGAAAGAAGUCUUUAUUGUUGUAAAUAUUGGUAUAUAUUGCCUUUUUUCUGUAAAUAGUGCACCCACGGUACUCAAUUGUUGAUAUGAAUCUAAUGGCAUAUUUUUAUAUAUUUGUCUAAGUUUUUGUUUGUACCCCCUCCUUCCCCCUUUCUGGCAUGCGCUGUCGGUGACGUUUAAAUUAUAACUGUCGUAGAUCUUUCCGAAAGAAGACGAGAAGUUUUGGCAUCGAGGUUUUCUCUGUUGGCUCUGAAACGUGCGUUUGCGUCGUCUACAGGAAGGAAAACAACAACAACAACCUGCUCACAACUCUGUUGAUCUCGCCCUGGUUACGUCCUGUAUGGAGCUGCUCUCGUUUAGUCACUGUGGGUUCCUCUGUAAAUAAAUCAGUUCACUGGUG